AUGUUUUACGUCUGUGUACGAUUGGGCGAUUUUGAACUGAAUCUCGAAGCACGCUUAGGUCCCACUGAGGAAUACAGAAAGCAAUGCCAGGCACUUGAAAAGGAUCUGGAAGAGGUUCGAUCUGCUCUUGCUAUUUCCAAAAGUGAUGUCGAGAAAUUCCGAGCCGAGAAUGAGAAGCUACUGGCAAAAGCAAGCCUUGAAGAUGAAGUGGUUACGUUGGCCACCUCUUUGCAAUCGGCGCGAGAUGAAAUCAGCGACUGA